AUGUCGUUUGAUACCGCUUGCCACUCGCUACCUCUACUAGAGACACACGUUGCACCAUCCAAAUCGGCUAAAGAAGAUAAUGCUAAAGCCACCAAUCCCCCACCUAUUCAAUCCCUCAAUACAUUGCAUGCAUGUGUGUCGGUUUUCGAUCAUCGAUUUGAUACGGGUGGCAAUAGUAGUAGGGGUGGUGGAGGAGAGGAUCAAAGGCCAAGAUUCUUUGAUAAAUUGGUGAAAAAAGAGCGCUGGGCAAAAGCAGAAACAGUACCUGGUCGACACCCAGAGAGAUGGCGCAAAGACGCUGCUGGCAACAUUGUUUGCAAGCGCUUUUGCAACUGCCAUGGCUGUCUUUGUUUCGAGUACGAUCACAUCCUUCCCUUCUCUAAAGGUGGUGAAUCUAGUGCAGAUAAUUGUCAAAUACUUCAAACAAGGGUCAAUAGAUUUAAAUCAGACGAACAAAAGUUGAACGAAACUCAAUUGAAUGAGGACAUUACUGGUGUUGUAGCUGGAGCAGAGAGAUAUCAAGCUCAAGUUACUGUAUUAGGACUUGUUCCCCAUUUGGGUCACCCAUGUAACCCUCGCCCCACCUCCCUUCUCACUUCCCAAUUUGAAAUGGCAGCUCUUGUGCUACUUGAAGACCCAAAUCAUUCACUUGACUGCCGGAUUUUGGAAAAGGAAGGGAGGUCGAUUGGUACUCCGUUACCGAUGGUGAAAGAGGGAGGAAAGGAGAGGGAGAAAGAAGGUUCAGGUUACAAAUAA